UCUCAGUACCCGUACAUGUUAACUGUGACCAAGCGGCCCAGACUAGUGCGCAUGCGCCAUUCUUUCACAUGGUUUGUGUCCUUAUUCUAUCUGUGGCUGCGGGAGCGGUGGCGUUCGUCCUCGUCCUGAGACUAUGGAUAGUGCUUUGGUCUCAGAAUAUUACGCCUCGGAAGUCUCUCAGUCUUUUGGUGGUGGCUGGGUCCGGUGGGCAUACCACAGAGAUCCUGAGGCUGCUUGGAAGCUUGUCUGGUGCUUAUUCACCUAGACAUUAUGUCAUUGCUGACACUGAUAAAAUGAGUGCUGAUAAAAUUAAUUCUUUUGAACUAGAUCGAGCUGAUAGAGAUCCUAAUGCCAUGAAUAGCAAAUACUACAUUCACCGAAUUCCAAGAAGCCGUGAGGUUCAGCAGUCCUGGCUCUCCACAGUGCUCACCACCUUGCACUCUAUGUGGCUUUCCUUUCCCCUCAUUCACCGAGUAAAGCCAGAUCUGGUAUUGUGUAAUGGACCGGGAACAUGCGUUCCUAUCUGUGUAUCUGCCCUUCUCCUUGGAAUACUAGGAAUAAAGAAAGUGAUCAUAGUCUACGUUGAAAGCAUCUGCCGAGUAGAAACUCUGUCCCUCUCUGGAAAGAUUCUGAUUCAUCUCUCGGAUUACUUCAUUGUUCAAUGGCCGACUCUUAAGGAGAAGUAUCCCAAAUCUGUGUACCUUGGACGAAUUGUUUGACAAAUGGAAAGUUGUAUCUUUAGAAUUGCAGUUGAUGAUAUUUACCAUGACCUGUUUAUUGUAAAGGCUUUUGAAAGUCUUGAGAAUUGUUGAUGGUCAGAAGUUUCAAAAAUGUGCAAAUGACUCAGUGAAGAAACUGAACUUUCUCUUACAUGGGACUCAUCAAAUUUUUAUACUCCAAAUUUCUUUUCUAGAUAAAAGUGUAUAUCACCACCUGCAAGCUUUUUACUAUUUCAGUAUUUUUUAAACCUAAAUAUAGUUUGUGUGAUUAGUAACAUUUCCUAUUAAAAAAAAAAACUCCAUUGUAAAAAGAAACAGCAACAACAAAAAGAUAUUUCUUAGUUUUUGUUCAGCUACAACAGGCUUUAUUUCCUGUAUGGAAGCAGUGAUGUCCCCAGUGAAUUACUUCAGCAUAAAGGAAAUAGUUAUAUUACAUUGGCUUCAUGACAAUUUGCUUCUAGUGGCUUCCAGAACCUGGAGCAUAAACAGUGUCUUUUCAUUCUUCAGUCUUGCUUUUUGAGUAGCUUGCUUCAAUCUAUAAUAUAUUCUUAAAUUUCUACAUUGUUAAAAUGUGACAACUGUCAAGAAAAUAAAACUGUUACUAUCAGGAAUCUAAACUCUUAAACCAUUAAAAAUUUGCUUCAAUAAA